AUGCCCUGGCAGCCUCUCCCCCGGAUCGCCUUCGCCGUCGCGACCUACCCUUUCACAGCCGCGAGCCCGGCCGACCUCCCGCUCGAAAUUGGCGAUGAGCUCUAUAUAAUCGAAGAGACGCCAGACGGCAACUGGCUGCGCGGCUACCUCGUGGCGCCCCCCAGUCUGCUGGCUGGUCUGACAUCGGUCAAGGGACAGACGUUGGAAGCUCGCGUCUUCAGUGGCAUCUUUCCGAGAAGCUGUGUAGAGGUUCGAGAGCUGCUUGGCGAAACGGACGAAAGACACGAUGAAGAUUUUGCGAGCGACAGCGGCAUCGACGACCGCCCGGGUAGCGAUUCAGCCAAAAGUGGCAUAGAGUCAAAAGGUCAGGACAGGACGACGAUGGAUUCGAGCCAGUGGAAGAAGACUUUGCGAGAUCUCACGGGCGACGCGGUCAAGAACCUCUCAGUCCCGGUUCGCAGAGAUCCCAAUGUGCCUCGACCCCCAGCACCUGUUCCGAUGCUCAAGAUUGGUGACGAGACGCCGACCUCGGUAGAUGAACCACUAGUUGACGAAAUCGCGUCGUGCUUGCGAGAGUGGCACUCCAAAUAUCUGCAUGAGCUGCUUCUCUCUCGUCAGUAUGCAAAGCUCGAAAAACUAUCACAACUCGUCAACUCUUUGAACCUCCACCGCCAGCAGUUUCUCUACAAUGUUCUCACAGCGCACGAAUACGAGCGACUGCGGGAGAAGACGGUCUGGGAUCUCGUCACGGUCAACAAACUAUGUGGUGGUGAGGUGGUUGUGCGAGAUCCAGCAGCGCGCGGCAGAGUUCUGACGGCGGAUGACUCUGUUGUCGACGUCACCAAGCUCCAAUCGGUUAUGAGCUUACUGGAUGAGCCUCCCCAAACCACGGUCGAGCUGGCGAGUUUAAACCACAUCUUGCUAGACGUCAAGGGCUUUGCUGGAAGCUCCACCGAGGAGACAAUAAUUGUGGCCUACCUUGUCAGCAAACCGCAAUAUGCAAAGGGAUCCAACCUCUCUGAGUGUUUCAGCAUUGAGAUCCCCGCGGGCGGCUCCAUCAGCGGUCUCGCUCAAAACGCCAGCACCAAGACUCUGUUUACAGAUCUCUCUGCCCAUGACAUUGGAGAUGCGCCGUCUGCCGACUCCGAGCUGUACCUUGUUGUCAAGGUGUUGGGAUCACAGCACAUCUUUAUCCCCCAACCUUUGUCUCGGUCCGGCACCGACAGCAGCUUUACGAGAGAAAACGUGAAAACUCCGCCAGCAAGCUCGGGAAAGGCUUCUAGGAGAAGCAUGAUGUGGGGGAGCAAAAGUGGACGAACCGCCUUUUCUCGAGGCAACGCAGUGGCCAAAAUGGAUUCCGUUUCCGAGUCGCAGGAGGGAAGACCUUCUACAACUCGCUUGGACAGCCAAGACGGAAGCAGCCAUCCGCCAAGCACUGCCGGAUCGAAGAGUACUUCGGCGGCAAGUCUUCAUGAAACAGGACAGAUUGUUGAGCGUACCAUCGGCGUUGGAGUUUUGAAGCUCAACUCCAUCAUGAAGCAGACAGAAGAGGUCGAGCAGGUUGUCAACAUCUGGUCGCCGUCGCUUGGAUAUUCUCAGACUGAUAGGGACGCUGCCGAAGAGUUCGAUCCCUUGAUUCGGGAGCUGAUUACUAGUACUUCCGGUCAAUAUGAAAAAUCGAGGAGCGGCGAGCGACUACAAGUUUCGCUUAGGAAAUUCCAUCAUCCGGAUGCAGAUGGGCUGAUCAAGGCCACGCCCACCAUCUUGUCGGGUGUAUCAAAGACGAGUAGAAUCGGGUUUGCUGCCGCACCAACCAAGUCAAGAUCGGAUAUAUAUCUGACGCUCAACAUUGCCGCCUUGGCAAAGCAACAUCUCAUUUCAAGAUUCGCGGGCAGCGCAAUUAACCUACCCAGCACAGUCAGCGGAGCGAAUUUGCAACUUACGCUAGAGAUCCGCCAGUCCUCCGGUGAACGAUUUGAGAGAUGCAUCUUUACAUCUUCCAAUACCGAGGCUCUAACCACGUUCAAAUCUUGUGCUGUGGAAAGGGGCGAGGCUUGGAACCAGACGCUCCGCUUGUCGCUACAACCAAGCGACGUGAUGAACGCUCACGUGGUCAUGUUCUUGUCGGACAUGCCCAACCCGCCAUUUGCUGUUGCUCAUAUGCCUCUGUGGGAGGGCCAAGCCUUUAUUCGCGACGGGCCCCAUGGACUCUUGCUCUAUAAAAUAGACGAGUUCACCUCCACCGCGCAGGCAGGCCCCUCGGGCAAAGGCGGAUAUCUCUCCACCCCCUGGGCACCACGAGGUAAGGAUGGGUCAGUCGAGGUCACUGGGCCGCUUGCCGUGAUGCUGGUUGAUACCUACCUCUGCAGCACAAAGUUCUCUCAGGACAGAGUUAUCCUCGGGCUUCUCAAAUGGAAAGAGUUGCCAAAGGACGAAAUCCCCGCUAUUCUGAGACAAAUCAUCUUUGUCUCAGAGAUUGAGGUCGUGAAGCUCCUUAGCGACGUGCUAGAUGGGCUCUUUGGAAUCCUCGUGGAGCACUCUGGGAAUGAUGAAUAUGAAGAUUUGGUGUUUACGGCUAUGGUUAGGGUACUUGGAAUCGUACACGAUCGGCGAUUCAAUCUUAGUCCCUUGGUUGACAAUUAUGUGGAAACCCAGUUCAACUAUCCCUUUGCUACCCCUUGUCUGAUACGGUCUUUCACUCGGCUGCUCAAACGCCCCACGGAACCCGAGACAGCUCGCAAGUUGCGGGCAACUUUCAAAGUCGUGAGACACAUUUUGAAGUUCAUCACUCAAUCCCGAGGGCAGCAAAAGGUAAAGGAAGCGGGGAUAGGGAUCAAGUCCUCCACCCAGGGAUUCACUAGGAGCCUUCGAAGCAUUUUCAAAGCGCUUGAUGCGAUGAUGCGAAACUCGGCACCGGCGCUCGUUGGCAGUCAGACGUUGGCGGUGCAGCAUUUCCACACUUGGCUGCCAGAGCUGACGGGUCUCUUGACGACAGAAGAGAUCCUGCACAUUGCUAUUGAUUUCAUGGACUCGUGCAAAGAGGUGAAGGGCAAGCUUAUCAUUUACAAGCUGUGCCUUAUCAUCAACUACUCUAAGCUGGACAUAUUUGCUCAUCCAGAGCAGAAGUCUGCCCUGAGUGCCAACACUGUGCGAUGGAUCUCUCCUCACUGGGGUCAUACUGAAGAGGUUAAUGAUCAGUGGCGAGAGCAGAUUCGACUGUGCUGUUCUAUCCUCGCCAGCCAGAUCGACCAUCUGGGUCCGGAAAUCCCCGACCAUAUCCCUAAUAUUGUCGAUUCUUAUCUGGCCAUUCUCGCAUCCCCACAGAAACCUAGAAACAAGCUCUCUCUUUUGUUUCCUUCAGCAUAUCCCUUCCCCACUAAGCCAAUAGCUGAAGAGCUGGCCUUUGACGAAUCCCUGGCCGAAUUGUCCGCGGUUCUUUCUGCCCUGGCGAACUCUCCCUCGGGCAUGCAGCUUGAGUUGGCUUCUGAGGACGACUUGACGACCCUUUUGGAGAACCUACUCAAAGUGCAAAUGAGCAUUUUGACCGGCGAGGCGUUUCCAAAUGGAUGGCUAAGUGUGCUUAUUUAUCAUCACAAGUCGACGAUGAGAAUCUUGCAGUAUCUGGCUGGUAUUCUUCUUGAAUCUUGCCUACCCGACCCCGAUGAGGCAGAAUCAUUCAACACUGAGCUCUGGAAGCUGUUCUUCACAACGCUGCUGAAACUUGUGGGAAGCUCCUCGCUUGCUCUGGAGACGUUUCCCGAGCAGAAGAGGAGAGCAGUGUGGAAGAUUGCUGGCGAUGUGCGGGAACACGGAGCUGAUCUUUUACGAAGAAUGUGGGAGGCUAUCGGCUGGGAAACCACGUCAGAAGAGCAUGAUAAAUACGGACUCAGCAAUAUCGGCGGAUACCAAGUACAAUACGUCCCGACUCUAGUUGGCCCUAUCGUAGAGCUCUGUUUGAGUGUCCAUGAAGGUCUCCGCAGAAUGGCGGUUGAGGUUCUGCAGACUAUGAUUGUGAGCGAGUGGACUUUGAGUGAAGACCUAUCUGUGAUUCAGACAGAACUCAUUGAUUCAUUGGACACUUACUUCAAAUCGAAUCCUCUCACGGAAAGCAUCCUCCAAAAGCUAUUCAUCUCAGAGCUACUUGAACGAUUCCGGCCCCUUUCAGAGGUUGCGGAAGAGCCUCUCUACGCAGCUGUGCGUGAGCUUGUUGGCACUUUGGACGAGUUUCUCGAUUUACUCGUUGCUGUGCACAGUGGUGGUGAUGGUAGCGGUGAAGCAUCCAACAUCAUAAACCGACUCCGACUCAUGGAGUUCCUGCGCGACAUGCAAAAGGAGGACAUCUUCAUUCGCUAUGUCCAUCAGCUGGCGAAGUUGCAGGCCGAGUCUAGGAACCACACAGAGGCUGGUCUAGCGCUCCGCCUCCAUGCGGAUCUCUAUGAAUGGGACCCGAUUGGGCAUGUUCCAGCGUUGGCCGAUCCCCAGUUUCCAGCGCAGUCUCCAUUUGAGCGUAAAGAGAGAAUCUAUUUCGAGAUGAUUAAGCAUUUUGAGGACGGAGAAUCGUGGAGCAACGCCCUGACUGCGUACAAGGAGCUCCAGGUCCAGUACGAAACCAAUGUAUACGAUUUCGCCAAGCUCGCCAGAACUGGGAGGGCAAUCGCAACGAUAUACGAGAGCAUUUCAAAGAGCGAAAAGGUUACGCCAAAGUACUACAGAGUGGCCUUCAAGGGACUUGGAUUUCCUACUUCUGUGCGGGACAAGGAAUUUGUCUAUGAAGGGUCUCCAUCUGAACGCGCUUCGGCCUUUACAGACCGCAUGCAAGAGCAAUACCCAUCGGCCCAGAUCAUCACCGGCGGCGACGUUGAUGAGAUGGAAGGCCAGUUCUUGGUCGUUUCGGCUCUUACGCCACACCGAGACCUCUCGCAUCAAGUAUACCAAAGAGUUCGGGUGCCGCACAUAGUCCGGGACUUUUUACUGUCAUCCCAUCCUCAAGUCUUCUCCGUGACAACCAAGAGGAACACUUCUGGACCAGUACAGGAGCAUUGUGCCGAGAAAUUAGUUUUCACUACUGCAGAGCCUUUCCCUACACUUCUACGCCGGAGCGAGAUUCUCGAAACUCGCGAAGUCAGGCUCAACGCCCAGGAGACCGCCUUGGAACGCAUUUCUAGGAAGACACAGGAGAUGACUCUACUGGAACGCCGAUUAGCUGACGGCGAUGACUUGGUUGCUCAACAGCUAAUUGAAGCUAUCAACAUUUCUGUCAGCCCAGCCUCUGAGAACAGUGUUGUGCAAUACCGCAAACUGCUCCCCGAACCAUCGAGCGGAGAGGAGGGCUCGGAUGGGGACGAUGACGAGGAAGAAGAUGACGAGAUUGAGCUUGAUCCUCAAGAAACCGCAAUCAAGAUGACUCUGGUGGAUCAUGCUAUGAUGCUCAAGAGAUGCUUGACCCUCUUUUCCCGGAGCAAGAAUGAAGCCAUUUCCCGGAGAUAUUCGGAGCUUCAAGGCUACUUUGAGGCAACCUUUGCACCAGAGAUUGCUCUAUUCGCGCCCCGGCAGCCAGUCCUACAGCCAGUCUCAACACCGUCCCCUACUUGGAGAGGGUCAACACCCGGCGGCGAGAAGGGCCCACAGUGGACGAGUAUUGCUGUUCCGGUGAACGGAGUGAAGGCUGAGGAGGCGACUGUCAUUCGACAAAUCACUCCUCGGCAGCGCGGUGCGCGCCUGAGCUUCUUGGGAGGCCGAAAGAAAGAGCUAGACGGCAGCGAGGCCACUGAUCAGGCCAACAGCAAUACAGGUGAGACGAAGGCACACACACGCGGCCUCAGCAGGGAUAAGGCACACAUGCGCGGCCUCAGCAAGGACCACGCUCCCCAUAACCUGUCCCAAACUCAGGGCAUGGAUAGUGUCCAUCAAGACACCCAUAGAGAGAAGCGAGGCGGCUCAGUCGGCAGGGUGAGCUUGGAUGCACUAACCAAGGACCGACCGUCAAUGGAUGAGCCUGAGACAAAGAAUAAAAAGAGCGUGAGGAAGAGGUUCAGCUUGCUUAAGCUUGGCAUGAAGCAUCACAAAGCUGGAACUGCAAUGGGAAGCCUAGACGAGGAACAGUAA